AUGCCCGAGCUGGAGGUGCAUGACGGCCUGUGGGAGAAGCCUGGCCGGUCCACUCAGCCUGACACUCUUCCACAUGAGAACGGGAAAGCGUCGGAGUCUAAUUUUCACAAAGAGAGCUCAUGCAAACUUGAUGAUAUGCGGAUAACAGAGGAGGACGUGGCGUUAGAGCCCCAAGGUGGGCCUCAAAAUGUUGUGCGGCAGGGGGCCGUGUGGUGA